UUCCAGGUUCUGGUUAAUGUAUCAUUAAAACAAAAAAAUAACAUUAAGCAAAACUGGAUUUUACUAAAUUAGGCUUAUGUUAUUACAGAUGAUGGAAUGUAUUCCUUACAAGUUUUAGAGUAAACUUCACAGACAGUUCAAGUGUGGAACUCACCUCGGUGCCAGAGGUGGCAGGAUGGAGGGCAAAAGGCCUGCUUCACCUGACCCAGAUGCUGAGAUUGGGGUGAAGCGAGUCAGACAAAAAGAAGGAGAAGACAGCGUAGGGGAUAAUACCAGCAAUAAUAACAACAGAUAUUUCACAAACGCACUUCAUGCCUACACCCUGAGGUGUCUUGAUCUACAAUCAUUAGCAGCAAGUCCAGGUGGUGAUCAGCUGGACGGAACAAACAGUUCUUCUCCAGUUACCACCAACCAACCAGCACCACCACCACCAUCCACAGCAACAGCGGCGGCAGCAGCAGCAACAGCAGCUGUUCCUCAACCAAUCGUACACACCUGCUCUGUGAACACGUUGGAUAAUUCUAGCAUCACAGUGUCGAGUACCUUGCACCAAACCACUAACUCUGCUUCGACACAGCUUACACCAAAUGGUACCACAGAUGGUGUUCUUGGUGCCCUCUCAUCGUCAGCUGGAGAUUCAACAACGUUUGGUGGCAGUACUGACCCUUGGGUGAUGUCUGGAGUGCCAACUCCAACAGCAAUUAAGACAGAACCUAACACAGAUCCCGGGCCAUCAGAUUCUCCCUACCCAGCAACCACUGCUUCUGGGGACAAUCUGGAAAACUUCUCAGGUGAUCCUAGUAAAAGUUCCACAGAAUAUCAGAAUUCAAAUUAUCCACCAAAUUAUUUCAACAGUAAUUCUUACUCCCAUAUCUUGUCUGCACCGGCAUCACAAGCCAACAACAUGCAGACCUACACCAGCCAGCUUGGUUUCCAGAACGCAAGCUAUUACCCCCAGCCAGGCCCCAGUCCAUAUCAGAUGUUACAGUCUCCAUAUCAAGUAUCAGAUACAGUGAAAUUGAAGACAACCAAUAGUCAGAUGCCAAACCCCAGCUACUUACCGAGCGGUGGUUACUUAGGAUCCGGUUCGGGACCAUUUUCUCAGUCGGGACAAAGUCCAUAUAUGUGCGGCUCUGGAUCCAGUAUCACCAAUCCAACAUCAGCACUCGGCUAUACUUCACAACAGAAUUUAGAUGCUUAUUCUACAUACCAAGGGUACCAGCCUAGCUAUUACGGUGGCUAUGGGUUCAUAAGCAACCAGUCCGUAGUGGGAGUGACGACACCAACAACAGUGCCUUCAAACACACCCACUUACCAACUGGUGGAGUUACCACAACCUCAGAAUGUCCGAGUGGACUCCGAUCACUUCCCUAUAGUGGGUGAAUUUAAAGGGAUGUUGGUCGCGGAGGAAUCAGAGAUUGAAAAUCAUCCCAUCAAUGGUGAAAAUUCCCAAAACACAUUUACAAGUCCUUCACCUCCUUUAAAAACAGAAGCAAACGGCAAUACUCGGCGACCCAGACCACCUCGAGGUGGUCGUCGACAAAAUAACCCUUCUCCUGGACCAGAAUCUGAUUUAGAGAGGGUCUUCGUAUGGGAUUUGGACGAAACCAUUAUCAUUUUCCACUCUCUUCUCACAAGUACAUAUGCACAAAGAUAUGGAAAGGAUCCUCCUAGCUCUGUGUCUUUAGGAUUAAGAAUGGAGGAAAUGAUAUUCAACUUGGCAGAUACUCACUUAUUCUUCAAUGAUCUAGAAGAAUGUGAUCAAGUUCAUAUAGAUGAUGUGUCAUCUGAUGAUAACGGACAGGACCUUAGUUCAUAUAACUUUGCAACUGAUGGUUUCCAUGCAGCCACCACCAAUGCAAAUCUGUGUAUAGCCACUGGUGUUCGCGGAGGAGUCGACUGGAUGCGGAAGCUCGCCUUUCGGUACCGACGGAUAAAGGAGAUAUACAAUAGUUACAGAAAUAAUGUAGGAGGUUUAUUAGGUCCGCAGAAACGGGAACAGUGGCUUCAAUUGAGGCAAGAAAUUGAAAACAUCACAGACAGUUGGCUAACAAUGGCAUUGAAAUCUCUCAACAUAAUCAACACCAGAUCUAACUGUGUAAAUGUGUUAGUGACAACCACUCAGCUUGUGCCUGCAUUAGCUAAGGUGUUGCUUUAUGGUCUGGGAGGAGUUUUCUCAAUUGAAAACAUAUACAGUGCAACAAAAAUAGGAAAAGAAAGCUGUUUUGAAAGAAUAGUAUCUCGAUUUGGGCGGAAGUGUACCUACGUUGUCGUUGGUGAUGGUCGGGAUGAAGAAGCUGCUGCUAAACAGAUGAACUGGCCAUUUUGGCGGAUCUCGAACCAUUCCGAUCUGGCAGCCCUGCACCAUGCUCUGGAACUCAGUUACCUCUAGCAACUUGGUUCCAGGAAGUGGGGUGGGUGGGUGAUUGGGCAGGUGCAGGAGGGGGGGUUGUUCCUUCACCACAAACCAGCAGCUUUGCAGCCUUGACUCCUGCUGCUGCUGCCGCCAGCACUACCAUUCACGACAGUAUCAGCAGCAGCAGCUCUUCUCCCCACUACCCAUUUACCCUCGCCCCACCCCCUCUCCAUGCGACCCAUCUCUACGCCCCCAAGUCCAUCAGAUUUGCUCACAACUUCACCCCUCCCCCACAUCCUUUUUAUCAUCUCAUACACUUCCUACCACCAUUCUUGUCCUCUCGUGGCCUCCCCCUCAACAUCUCCCCCACCAUCAUUGCACUCCUUUUUUUUUUUUUGUUCUUCUCUUUCUCAUGAUAAAUUGUUUUAGAGUAUGUGUUAUAUAUCAUUUAAUAACAACAGGGUUUAUUUUUAUGUGAGCGACUUUAAGUUUCAUGGUACGAUGGUGCAGUAUUCAGAGGAACUUGUAUAGCACACUGUGUCCUAUGAAUAGAAAUACAAAUCACAAAUCCUGUUUCUAUUAAAUGAUAUUUAUCUUUCACUGGAUUGAGUACUUUUUCAUUGAUCCCAACCAACAAACAAACAACAUAUGUGUAUUUGAUAAAUAUAUAUAUAUGUACAUACAUACAUACAACCACAUGCAUGGUGACCAUAGCACAUAUUCCAACAUCUUUUACCCUUAGCAGUAAACUGUCAACAAAACUAUGUUGGAUGAUAAACUUAUUAUUAUUAUUAAUUUUAAUAUGUAAGCCGACAGAAUCAUUAGUGCUGCAGAACAAAUUGCUUUGUACCAAUUUUUCUGCGUUCAAAGUCUGCCAAUGUUGACUUGGCUUAUCAUUCUCUCGGGGAAGCGGGGGCAGUUGAUAAGAUAAAGUACCAGUGAUGUUCUGUGGUUGAUGUAAUCGACUUGCCUUCUCCUUUCGAAUUGCUGACCCUAAGGUAGAAUUUAGGGAGAAUUAUUUUGCUUAAGUUCAACUUUGCUUGGACUUAAUGUACAUUGAGUUCAUUAAUGAACUCAGAUUAUAUGCGUCCAACUUGCUCACAAUUCUGCCAGCUUGUUAAGAAUAAUAACAAUAACUAUUAUUAAUAAUAAUAGUUAUUAUCUGGCAAAAACCCAAGGUAGCUAAAUUUUUAAAAUUUAUUUUGUUGGUGGGGAAAGAGGUGCAUUGAGAGGGUUGAUUAGAUUUAGAAAAGAAAAACAAGGAGAUAUAUAAUAUACAUACAUUUGUAUACAUGCACCCACAUAUACACGAGGGAUGACCAUAUCAUAUAUUCCAUCAUUUUUGGUCUUAGCAGUAAUCUAAUAUCAACAAAACUAUGUUCUAAAUUUCAAACCCCGAAGAAUUUGAAGAUCAUAAAGAGGAACAUGUAAAUAACAAAAUAGGGCAUUGUAUCCAAAAUUCUGCUAUUUUAACAUUUCUCCAAUAAAAAUAAUAAUGGGUAUUUUUGUAAAAACUUUUAAACAAUAGCUAGACACAAAAAAUGCACAAGAUCAAAUGCAAAUUGUCUGGACAGAACAGUUUAGAACAGGGUUCAUUCUAGAUUGGUUUGGAUCAAACUUUACUAGACUGGUGCCAAUUAGAAGCGCCAAAGAUUUUCUGGAUUUAACAUUUACACCUAAAGGUUUUCCGGAAAUAACCCUUACACCUAAAAUUGUUGACAGAUCAAAAGUAGUACUCUGUCGGUUAAGACAAUGAGGGUUCCUGUUGAUCUGAUCGAGAGGAACAGCCUGCUUGUGAAAUUAACAUGCAAGUGGCUGAGUACUCCACAGACACAACUCUCUUUAAUGUAGUUCUCAGGGAGAUUCAGUGUCACAAACAUAAUGUGACAAGGCUGGCCCCUUUGAAAUACAGGUAUUACUCAUUUUGCCAGCAUGAAAUAAAGGGUUUUUACUCAAGGAUAUGGCACACCACCAGGAAUUGAACUCACACCCUCAAGAUCUUGAGCUGAAUACCCUAACCAUUAAUCCAUGCUUCAUGACAUCAUUGUUAUGUGUGUCUUAUCUGUCUUUAUAGAAGAAUAUCAGGAAAUUCAGAUUUCCUGUGAUAUUAUUUCAUGGUCAGAAUCACCCAAAUGCACUCAAAAGGGGCAGCAUUGGAGGAUGACCCUAAUUAGCUAAAAACUGAAGCAGCAGUUUUUUUUUAUGUAUUAGGCUUGCAAUAUUCUUGAUAUGAAAUCAUGUCUCAAAACAAAUUUUUUAUUUUUGGAGGGUCGUUGUGUAAAUAAUAAACACACACGUGGGUCCAAUUUCACUUCCUUAUUAUUAGUUAGUUGGUUAAACAACUAACUAGUUUUCUAAUAAUAAAGAAGUGAAAUUGAACCAGUGUAUGUGUGUUAUUGGCAUAAUGGCCCUCCCAAGAUAUAAACAAAACAUUCAGACUUAGGAGUUAAACAAUGGGACUCUCUCUCUCUCUCUCUCAGCAAAGCAAAUUUUAAGACCACUCUGAUUCAAUUAGUUAUUGCUGUUUUAUCAAAGCAUCCUCUUAAGAUUACACUGCUGUUUCUCUCUUUGUAGGAUAGAGUUCUAAAAAAAAUGCUACAUGUGUGUUGUGAACUGACAAUUGGCAAACAGCAGCAGUUCUUUGUAAUCUUUGCUUUACAUUGACCUAAUGAGUAUGUGUGUGUGUAUAUAUAAAGGAUAAAUGACCAAAAAACACAAGAGACAAGAUUUAGCAAAGGUGUUAUUAGUCUAACGCUUAAAAGAAAAGGGAAAGGAUCCUUAAUGUUUUGGACACUAGCACUUCAUCAGGAAAAGGAGUGGCAAAAGAAAGAAAAGUGGUGAGGAGAUAACAAACAAACACACACUCACAAUUAAGUAAAUGCAUUUGUCUACAAACUAAAGGCAAAAGAACUCAAUACAAAGAGUUUGAAAUUUAUAUUUUGAAACUGACAUAUCACAUCUCCAAUCACCUGUCAUUUUCUUCUGAUGAGGGCGACCUGGCUUCCCCUAACAGACCCAUUGAAACUUGUUAUUACAUACAUCAACAUGGGUCUUUAUUAUAUAUGAACGUGCAUAAGCCAUAGUGCUCCUAUCAUUGUCUCUCUCUAAGUUAUAGUCCACUCAGUAGAGGUAUAUAGAAACACAUGCAUAUGUAUGUGAUGUAUGUGUGUGUGUAUAUAUAUAUAUAUAUAUAUAUAAUCUCCAUGAUAAGACAUAUGACCUACACACACACACAUAUAUAUAUAUAUAUAGACAUAUAUACACAUAUUGUGUCCAAGGAAAAUUUUGUUUUUUACUUUAUCACUCUUCUUCUCCUUUGCUACCUGUGCAUAUACUUGGGGUAAAGGAGAUUACUUGUAGCUGCUCUACCCUAUCAUAGUGGUCCCUUGUUUUUUUUAGGUUUUUUUUUGGGGGGGGGUAGCCUUAACCUCUCACAUUACUUCAACCAUUCUUCAACUCACUCCAUCUUUCAUUCAAAUUCAACAUUUCUCUCAAUUCCACAACUCCUUCAUCCACUUUUGACCUGACCUGACCUGACCAGACCAGGCCCUGUUCACUCUUCCCCCAACUCACCCUAACAUCCAUACAUCCAAUUCCAAGUUACUCUUUCCAGUGGGACAGAUUUUUUUUUUUUUCAUGUUUGGGGUGGGGGGAAGGGUUAUGGCACAAAUGGGAGUGAAUAAGAACAACAAAGAGGAGUAAAA